UGGAGUUCCCGGUGCCGGAACGUCGACGACGGCCGGGGGCGGCGGCGGUGGUGGUGGCGGAGGCGGAGGUGGCACCACCCGGGGCGGCGGCAGCAGCAUGUACUCCGCACGCCACUCGGUCAGUUCGUCGUCCGGCGUCCUGAUGGUCGGCCCGAACUUUCGCGUCGGCAAGAAGAUCGGCUGCGGCAACUUUGGCGAGCUGAGGCUGGGGAAGAACCUCUACAACAAUGAACACGUAGCAAUAAAAAUGGAGCCAAUGAAAUCAAAAGCACCACAACUGCACUUAGAGUAUAGGUUUUACAAAUUGUUAGGAUCACAUGAUACACAGUCUCCUCCCGAGGGGAUCCCCCGUGUGUAUCACCUAGGUACGUGUGGUGGCCGUUACAAUGCAAUGGUACUAGAACUGUUGGGACCAUCGUUAGAAGACCUUUUUACGUUAUGUGGAAGGAAAUUCUCACUCAAGACUGUACUGAUGAUAGCUAAGCAACUACUCCACAGGAUCGAGUAUGUGCAUAGUCGUCAUUUAAUUUAUAGAGAUGUAAAACCAGAAAAUUUUCUAAUCGGUAGAAGUUCAAAUAAACGUGAUAAAAUUAUACAUAUAAUAGAUUUUGGUCUCGCCAAAGAGUAUAUUGACUUAGAUACGAAUAAACACAUACCAUAUCGAGAGCAUAAGUCGCUGACGGGCACGGCGCGGUACAUGUCGAUCAACACGCAUAUGGGCAAGGAGCAGUCCCGGCGCGACGACCUGGAGGCGCUCGGUCACAUGUUUAUGUAUUUCUUAAGAGGUUCACUGCCAUGGCAAGGUCUGAAAGCCGACACACUCAAAGAGCGAUACCAAAAAAUUGGUGACACGAAGCGGGCGACACCGAUCGAUGUACUGUGCGAAGGACACCCGGAGGAAUUUGCGAAAUACCUGCGCUACGUGCGGCGGCUAGACUUUUUUGAAACACCUGAUUACGACCACUUACGGAGAUUAUUUCAAGAUUUGUUCUAUUUUAAGGGUUACGUAGACGACGGUGAAUUCGACUGGACCGGAAAGACGAUGCCGGCAAACUUCAACGUGAUGCGCCAGCUGCGUAACGCUCCGCCGUCCCACAUUGUCAAGACUAAAUCGGCGAAGUCAACACCCGUUGGAUCGUUGCAGACCGGCCACGAAGUAGUUGUAUCACCAAACAGAGAAAGACACACACCUGUAAAUAAGGACGGAGACUUUUUCAGCUACUACGACGAAGAGCUGGACGACGCGGUCACCCUCGAGAUAAUGGCCCAGCAGCAGACGAAUUCGAAGGGAGGUGUCGCCGCUUGGCCGGACGUGCCCAAACAGACUGGAACACUGGGCAACCUAACGCCGGCCGACCGACAUGGUUCAGUUCAGGUCGUAAGUUCAACCAACGGAGAACUGAAUGCCGAUGAUCCAACCGCCGGGCAUUCAAACACACCCAUCACGCAGCAGCCGGAAGUGGAACUGGUCGACGAAACAAAAUGUUGUUGUUUCUUUAAACGAAAGAAGAAGAAAUCGACCCGUCAGAAAUGACUAGAAGCAGUGCAAUGUAGUCCGGAACGUGAGGCUGUCAAGCUGCUACGUGCAACGUCACACUCCAACUCGCGCGACAGCGUGCUGAAUCCGAGUCAGGAUUACAUCCAGGCGUCGUCGCAGCAUACGAUCAGAUAUCCAUCCACCUCUGUACUGGCAACGACACCGAACGCCACCACGCCGACACUUCCAUUGUAAUUUAUUGCUAACUAUUAUUACACUAAUCCAGAUUAUUAAUUAAUUAAUUAUUAAAUUAUUUAUUAUAAUUUACCGCGCGGUGUUACAUCCCAAUCUACACAAAACAAAAAAACAAACAAACAAACAAAAAAUGUAUCAAACGAUCAAUACAAAUGCCGUGGUUUGGGGUGAAAAAAUGCGCCUUCCCGCAUAAUCUUCGCCGACCCCCCACAUGCAAACAAAAUACGCUCUUUUGUCGCGUACCCCGGUUCUGCCCGUGCCACACCCAACCCAACCUCACACACGAAACAAAUCGCGUUGCCCGGACCAUCGUCGCCGCCGCCGCCGCCGUCGUCGCCUCGUCGUCUUCAUCCCGUCGUCGUCGUCGUCGUUGUGUUGUUGUUGUGCGUCCAAAAUGUGCCACAAAUUACCCAAAAUCUAAUUCGAUUUCAACCGACCACCAAAAACACACACGCACACACAACCCGCCACCUCCACCAUCCAUCCUACCAACCAACCAAUCAACCAAAUCGAUGAGUAGUGACUUUGAUGAUGACAUCGAUUUCGAUCCUGAUGACCUUACGAUCCUGUUACACUUUUUCCGCAAGCUCUGAGACCGACUUCCUGCUGACGAACCCACAACCUGUCUUUGAGAGAGAAAAAUAUGCCUUUCAGUAGUAGCUCUAGUACUCCACACCGACACAACACGAAUAUCAUCACUCUCAGCGAAUUUACUAGCAACUUCUACAACAAAAUCUACUACUACCACCACUCGAACCACUGCUACAAAGUACAACAACUUACCACGAGCUAACCCUUCCUUUGUACCAACAACACACAUCAAAACACACACACACACCUUCUGAGAUACUGUUUUUUCCUUCUAGUACUACAAAGAUGUAGCAAAAAAAUAGUUUAAUAAAAAAAAAAGUCUACCAAUCCUCUCCCGAUUUCAGCGGCUUCUGACCCUUCUAUCCUCUUUCUAUCUCCUGUGCAGAAACAUAGAUUAGCUUAGCGCGACCCCGAUGGUUAAAAUUACAGGGACUUUUACUGAAACAGAAAAAAUACCUAGCUCCGCCUUCCUUUGAUUCAUGUGUGCUUACUUUCUACUCUCUUACCACACACUACCACCAAAGACGCUUCUUUGACUGAUUGUAGCAGGAAUCGGAAAGUCUCCACCCCAUCUUGCAAUUGGAAUGAUUUUUUUUUGUUCGCAAAAUUACUCUCAAACUUCGCCAUUAAAAAUUGUCGCGUGGUUUCGUUCAAAACCUGUCGUGCGGUACUAGGUUUCCGUCUCAAUGCAGUACUAGAACAUCUCACCGGGAGGGGGGGAGGAGCUACAACAAGAAAAAAAUGCAUUUACUAUGGGCGCGGCGUCGGCAAAUGAAGGGGGAGAAAGGGGCGUGGUAUUCUAGUACUGCACACCCAGCGCGUUUUGUAAGCCACGCCUACUGCGUAGCGGGCGCGUUCGCGAAAUUCAUGUGUGAUUGUGUAACACGGUGUGCGUAAAUCGAAACCACAUACACACGCAGCAGCAGCAGCAGUCAACAAGUCAUUUUUUUUUUCGUUGUGCGUAACAGUAAAGAAUAAGUUAGAAAACAAAAAACAAACACGUUUGGUGACAAACUGCAACCUACACGGAAACUUUGUAGAGGAUUGAAAAAGAACGAAUGCGACGAAUAGUUGGAAAACAGAAAAAAAAAACUACAAACACACACACAAUGAACAUAUGAGAAUGAACAAAAGUGAAAACGCUAUUUUCUUAAAGGGCAGCCCAUUGUUUUUAAGUUUCGUUUGAAUGUUGCGUUCGAUGCGAUGUGAACAAAAAGAUUAAAAGCAAACACUAGUUAUCGUUUUCUUUUCGGUUUUCCCUUCUUUUUACAAAGAACGUAGUACUAGUUUAUCGACGGAGCAGUAAUAGAGGUGUGUACGGAGAAAGUGAUCAACUGUCAGGCGGAUGGAGGAGGAGGAGUAGUAGGUAGCGUGUUUGAGCUGAUUAUUUGUUUUUAAGUGACUGCGCGUUCCUCUCGGCGAAAUGUCAUGUUGUUUGCAGAGAGAAUGUGAAAGAGAUGGAGAGAAACUAGUUAGAAGAAAAAAGAGAGAAAGCGGACGAAAAACACUCUGUUGAUUUUUUUUUUCUUUUUUUUUCGUUCUUUUUCGUUUAAUCUAAUUGUGAUAUACAUAGUUUCUUUUGUAUAGUGUAUAUUUUUACUGCGUAUCUGAUAAGUGUAUUUAAGUCAGCAAAAACAACUACUAGACUAGCGAAAACAGAAGUGAAAGAAAAUAAGCGUUUAAGAGAUAGAGCGGAGAAUGCAAGAUGAAACAUAGAAGAAGAAGCAGAAGAAGAAAAUAACAAUUGAGAAAUGUGAAAAUAAUAAAAACGACUGUAGUAGCUAAUUAUUAUACACUUUUUGUUCGGUUGCACUUAUUGUUUGUUGCUAAUUUCACAUCCCUUCAGUUGCAGUUGUUCAUUUUUGCGUCCCGUUUUCUGCCAAAUCCACCAAAGCGUAACAAAACUCGCCCUGGGUUCCCAUUUUUUGUUCGGUUUCAUUUUAAUUUUAAAUGGAUUAGGAUUAGUGAUACCUUUUCGUCGUGAUCGUGCUAUCUUGACACACGUUGAUUUUGGGCCAAAUUGUGUUAAGAAUGUCGUUUUUUGCAGCUUUUUUUUUUUGCAAUUUGAAUGAUUUUUUUUUUGAUCGAAUUAGUGUCUUCGGCGAAGUUGCAAGUAUGGAUGAGGACUACAUCGAAAAAAAAUGCUGAAAUCACUUUUGUCACUUGCAAUUGAUUUUCAAAAUAGUAGUUUAUGCAACAAGUUGCAAAAAGAGGUAUUUCUUCAGCACGAGUCGUACGUUUAUCCAACGAGGUUCACCGAGUUGGAUAAAUACGACGAGUGCUGAAAAAAUCAAGUUUUGCAACGAGCUCCAUACAACAUUUUUUGCAAUUUCGAAAAACACCCAUUGAGUGAAAUUUUAAGUCGAAUUUUCAUGUAUUUUGUCAAUAAAUCGUUCAAAUCAAAAAAAUGUUGAAAAGUGUUACUUUUCGAAACAAGUGCUGAAAAGUUCAACUUUUCAGCACCCAUUUCAGUGCUGAAAAGUAGAACUUUUCAGCAUUUAUUUUGAAAAGUGUUGCAAUUCGAUUCUGUUAUUUUUGGUACAGAAAAGUAGGCUAUUUCGUCGUUCAAGAAUGACAGGGAAAGUAAGUAGUUUCACGACGGAAUUGCAAAAAAAACACUUUUUAAACUCUAGAGUUUUUUUUUAAAAAGGUCCUAUAAGUUAUUAUGUUCCAUAUGUUUAUAGGACCUUUUCAAAAAAAUCCAGACUUGAUGUUAAAGGUCAAAGGCCAUCUUUUUUUUUUAAAUCCAGAAUUGGCAAACAAUCAUUGAGGAAAUUUAAUUUUUUGAAAAAUAGUGAGGCUGUUGCAAAUAUUUUUCAAAAUUUAUGUCGAAACCCCCCCCCUCCCCCCCUUCAAAAUUGAUCCGAAAAAUCAGGAGGCAAAAAAAUUUUUUUUUUUUAAACUCCUAAAUUUUUGUGAAAAUUGAAGUCAAAUCAACUGAAAACAAUCUAAAAUGCCUUUUUCUGCGUUGAUAAUUAUAUUUAGCAUAUUUGGCCAGGAUUAAAAAUGUUUUGAAUUUUUAUAAAAUUUCAAAGCACAGCACCGCAAAACUUUUUUGUUGGCAAAAAAAAAUCGUCAAUAUUUACAUAUUUUGGAAACUAAUAAUUGCAAAACAAAUGAACCCCCCCCCCCUUAAACUUCAAAAAAUAGGCUGACGUUUGUACAAACAAAUCCAGGCAAACAAGCAAAGCAGGCAAACUUUUGUUUGCCGUAGUGUAAUAUUUCCUUCAGUAUUGCCCAAUCACAUUGUGUUCUCUAGCUUUUGUUGAUUUAAGGUCAAAACGUCGAUUUUCUGCGAACAAACCGAAAAUGAGUUUGGAAAGAAAUGUACAAUAUUUUCAUCAAAGUUGGUAAAACUCUUUUUUAAACCAUGGAAAAAUGUGCUAAGAUCGUUUUUUUUAAUUACCAUCUUAUCACUCCUCGAAUAAUAAACAUCAUUCCGAUUUUUUUAUGAGCCAGGUAAAAUAAAAAAAAUCAGAAAAUAUUGUACCGAGACGUACGAGAUUAUAAGAAAAUAAAAAUUGAAGAAAAAAGCAAUAACACCCGAUGUUUAAUUCUGGUUUUUUUUCUGAUUAAGUCCUUUAAACAAAUGUAAACAUUGAGUGUAUCCCUUUCACACCUUAUGUCAAUGACCGGGAUAUACCGUAAAACGGGGUGACUUUGAUAGCCGGGGUGACUUUGAUAGGUUUGCGAUUUUUCCGCAAAAUGAAGAGUACAAUUAAAAUACGUAAGGAAUGGUUUAGAAACAUACUGACCGUGGUAGAGAAGUGUUCAAAGAACCUCAAGAAGAACUUUUCAUAAAAUUUUGACAAGUUUAAAAAGUUAGUUAACUAUAGUUAAGAAAAUGUUGAUGAAAGUCAAUAUUUUAAACUUCUGAAAGUGUCAUGAUUUUCUAAAUGAACAUGAUUUUUAAUCGGAAAACGGAAUGAAUUUACGGAUUCUUUAGACAAUUUUCCACUAGGAGAAGGUUAAAAAAGUUUGUAAAAAAAAAUGUGUUUUUGAAACAAAAUUUAAAAAAAUCUCUAAAUUUGUAGGCAAUUUCAGUUGAACAAAUAUCAUGUGAAAUGUAAAAACUUGUGAUUCGUGCUUUGAAUUCAGUAUAAAAUGCCAUAUAAAUCGAUAAUUUUAUAAACAUAACUAGUUUCAACAAAUUUCAGGCAAAUUUCCGACUUUUUAACAAUUUUACCUAAAAUUUAUAUGUAUUUUGCUUAAAAGCUUAGUUAACUAAAUAUAAACAUUGAUUUUUUUCUUAAAUGCUAUAUCAGCUACUUUAGUGAUGGUACAUUUAACGUACAAAUGAAGUUUGAACAUCUUAAAUAUGCUUUUAACAAGAAAAACUAUGACUAUCAAAGUCACCCCGGAAUUCAAACUAAGAAUUUUUAACGUAACUAUUUUUCUAAACAUUACUGAAAAAACUUUUUUUCCGAAAUAGUGCAUGGACUUUGUGUGGCCUACCCCAGUACAUGUUUUAAAAAUAAAAAUCUUAAGAAAAACCUUACCUGUUGGAAAACAUUCUAAAAACAAAUUGAAAUCCUAUCAAAGUCACCCCGGUUUACGGUACUUAAUGUUUACAUUUCUGGAGUUUUUUUUAAAAAGGUCCUAUAAACAAAAUUUUAAAUUUUUGCUUUUUGUGUGUUUUUAGAACCGCCUUGAGUCAGGGUUAUUCAAAAACACCCAAAAAGCAAAAAAUUAAAAAUUUUGUUUAUAGGACCUUUUCAAAAAAAAACUCCAGAUUUGUUCAUAGGACCUAAUCAAAGAAAGGGUCAGAAUUGCUUUUUUUUUUCAACUGAUCAAAGCAAGCCGAGGUUUCUCGCUUGUUUUUCAGCUGUCACUUGUAAUUUUAGUGGGUCUCGUGGCGCAGGGGUAGCGGCUUCGGCUGCCGAUCCCGAUGAUGCUAUGAGACGCGGGUUCGAUUCCCGCCUUAUCCACUGAGCUUCUAUCGGAUGGUGAAGUAAAACGUCGGUCCCGGUUUCUCCUGUCUCGUCAGAGGCGCUGGAGCAGAAAUCCCACGUUAGAGGAAGGCCAUGCCCCGGGGGGCGUAGUGCCAAUAGUUUCGUUUCGUUUUUGUAAUUUUAAAGAGCAAAUCUCCCGGUCUAAACGUAAUUGUCCCAUGCCAUUUUGUGACGAUUUCGACUUUUUUGAUUAUUUUGGCAUACGCCUAGAAAAUAUAUGCAAAAUUAGUUUAAUUAGUUUUUUUUUGUUUAAUUUAAAGUUAAAAGUGGAGUUUAAAUCCAGCCUCAAUACCUUUCUUUAGUAAGAAAGGCAAAAACCACCAAAAGUCAGUGGUUCGUUCUAGAAAACUUUCAGCAUGUUGAGAAAACGGGUUUGGAAGUUUGGAAAAAGGUUUCUCUUGAAUUUCAAUUACACAAUCAUUUAAUUGAAAAAUUUCUGACACAUGCUCUGGUUUAUGCUUUUUUUUCAUUUUUUUUUUUCAUUGAUUUAUUGAUUUCGUUUUGAAAAAACUCAGAAUGGGACUCGAUAAGCGAAUAUUUUUUAGAGUUUUUUAAACAAAUAAUUCUAUUUUUUUUGCUUUUUGGGUGUUUCAUUAAAAAACUCCCAAAAAGCAAAAAAAAAAAAAACUAAAUUGUUUCCUGGGACCUUAAAAAAACUUAAGAUUUUCUUUAUAAUUUAUCAAAAUAUUCGCAUUACCAGCUCGAUCACAGCAUGCUUCUAAGUUAACCCCCAAAUGUAAACAUUUUUUUCGGUUGAAAAUCAAUGAAAUUCAUCCUACGUGACGGAAGUUGAUUAUUAUUGCAAAUCAAUGUACCUAAAAAAUCUCUUCGUGGAAAGAUCGCUUAAGGGGUCGAAAAAAAUUGACCUGAUCUUUUGAUUUUUUUUUUCAAUUUCAAGUUUUUUCAAAGCUUCGUUUUAGGUGAAGAUUCAAGAAUUAUCAGGCGUCUCCUUUGAAAUAUAUGGCAAAUUUUGAUAUUGAUUUUUUAAUAUUUUCAAGAUGAAUUUUGAACUUUGGUAAAUUUGGAUCAAGUUGCUUAAAGUAACAUGAAAAACGAAACAAUUCCCUUAACAAACUCUGCAUCGGCAAACAAUCAUAUGGGACAUUUAUGCUCACAUGGGCAGCCAGCACAAUUUCUCUAAAUCUUUUUGUUUUGGUUUGUUUUAUAUUUGUUUGCCGGAAACCGAAUAAUAAUAAAAAAAAAGUGAUCAGUUUGGCAGUUUGUUGGACUUGCAGGGUGUAUUAGCAUAAUUUGAUCGGAUUUCAGUUCAGGGGAUAUUCAACAAAACGGCUUUAUUUAACUCAAUUUGGCCCAAAAUCAAAGGUGUUAUAGCUUGAUUUGAUUCGUGACCUACAAAUCUGACAAACUGAAUUCAAAUUUAAAACCUAAUUUAAACGUCGCAUUUUUUUCCCAAAAUAUUUCACGCAAUUCUUUCAGUGUAAAAAGAACAACAUUUUCCAUUUCAUGCAUGUUCAGUACAAACAUUCAACUGUUAGCGAACAAUAUUAGUUAGAAUCAACAAAUAACCUUCAGCCAAAAGGGUAGAACCACUAAACGAACGCUUUGAUUGGAUUCAAACCUGUAAAAAAAAAAACCUACCGGCAAAUUUGAGCGAGGCAAUCUGUUGUGAAUUGAUAAAUCAAUAGGCGCGAAAUCCGGAAAAAAAACCAUGACUCAAAGGCGGCAGCAAUAGAUGCUUUUACAAACAAAACAAAACUAAUUAACCGUGGACAGUUGCGGAUAAAAAGAGGUGGAUAAACUAUUUUACCAAGGUCGGAAGCUGUUCAAAUCUGGUGGAGGAAGAUUGGAAACAAAUUGUAUAUUUUGUACUAUUAUUAAGUAAAAAUUCUCAAUUAUUGCUAUAGCUGAAAGAAAAAACCAAAAAAACAAGAAAUAAACUGUGACAUUUAAAACAAACAUAAUGACAUUUUUUCCGG